AUGUCUUCUUCUUCUCUGUUGCAGGCUUCAAUCUCUUCGUCUUCAUCUGCUUUCUUCGCCAACACCAAAAUCAACUUCAACAGCAGAGCUCAGAAUGUCUCUCUUCCAGCAAAACCCGUGGGCGUCUGUACAUGCGUCGCCACUCCACAAUCAGAGAAGACAGCGUUCAAGACCCAGGUGUCUCGCAAUGUCAAUAUAGCCAAACUUCAAGCUGGGUAUCUCUUUCCAGAGAUUGCUAGAAGAAGGGCUGCACACUUGCAAAAGUACCCUGAUGCACAAGUGAUUAGCCUUGGGAUUGGUGACACUACUGAGCCCAUUCCAGAAGUUAUAACCUCUGCAAUGGCAAAGAGAUCACAUGCGUUGUCUACCCUAGAGGGUUACAGUGGUUACGGAGCUGAACAAGGUGAAAAGCCAUUGAGAGCUGCAAUUGCUUCGACCUUUUAUGACAACCUUGACAUAGAGGAAGAUGACAUCUUUGUUUCUGAUGGUGCAAAAUGUGACAUAUCCCGCCUUCAGGUUGUUUUUGGGUCUAAUGUUACAAUGGCAGUUCAAGAUCCAUCUUAUCCGGCUUAUGUAGAUUCAAGUGUUAUUAUGGGCCAAACUGGAGAGUAUCAGAAAGCUGUGGAAAAGUUCGGAAAUAUUGAGUACAUGAGGUGUACUCCUGAGAAUGGAUUUUUCCCUGAUUUACGCACUGUUGCUCGAACAGAUAUCAUAUUUUUCUGCUCACCAAACAACCCUACUGGUUCUGCUGCAACGAGGGAGCAGCUGACACAACUGGUGCAGUUUGCAAAAGAUAAUGGGUCAAUCAUAGUCUAUGAUUCUGCAUAUGCCAUGUAUAUGUCAGAUGACAAUCCACGCUCAAUCUUUGAAAUCCCUGGAGCCAAAGAGGUUGCAAUUGAGACAUCAUCAUUCAGUAAGUAUGCUGGAUUCACCGGAGUUCGUUUGGGGUGGACUGUUGUCCCAAAGCAGUUGCUCUUUUCAGAUGGAUUUCCUGUUGCCAAGGACUUCAACCGCAUCGUUUGUACUUGCUUUAAUGGUGCAUCAAAUAUUUCCCAAGCUGGUGGUCUUGCUUGCCUUUCACCAGAAGGUCUUAAGGCAAUGCAUGAGGUGAUUGGCUUCUACAAAGAAAAUACUAAUAUAAUAGUGGAGACAUUUGAGUCUCUAGGCUUUAAGGUUUAUGGAGGGAAGAAUGCACCAUAUGUGUGGGUCCACUUCCCUGGCCGAAGUUCAUGGGAUGUAUUCAGUGAGAUUCUUGAGAAGACUCAUGUGGUUACCACACCGGGGAGUGGUUUUGGACCUGGUGGUGAAGGUUUCGUCAGGGUUAGCGCCUUUGGUCACAGGACUAAUGUAUUAGAAGCCUGUAAAAGAUUCAAGCAAUUGUACAAGUGA